UGCGAGGCGGCAGCGGGGAGCAGAAAAUAAGGGACAGAAGUUAUUUCUCCAAGCUAAACCUAAGUCUUGCACUCGUUUCUUCUUCUUCUUUUUUUUAAACAUUGCGUGGUUAACUAGUUCUUUUCUUCUUAUCCUCGAAAUCCCAUCUUUUCCACAAAAUGACCGGUGGCCCACUGACAGGGUUACUGGUUGCGCUGUGCGUAAGCAGCGCGGUCCACGGCUUGCCAAAGAAGAGCAAAAGACAAAGUGGCCAGUAUCAGGUGUAUCCUGACCUCCACGACGCUGCGGCCGUUACACCAGUCGGCUGUGAAGAAAACGGUCGAUCGUUCAGACCGAACGAGCAGUGGGAGAAACCCUACCGUGGUAGUACACUGGUGUGCACCUGCAAUGGAGCAGCAGGCAUCAAAUGUAAAACUAAGCCUGAAGUGGAGGAGUCCUGUUAUGAUAAGUACAAUGACCGGACAUACCGGGUCGGUGAAACCUACGAAAGACCAAAGGACGGCAUGAUAUGGGACUGCACCUGCAUCGGUUCUGGUCGAGGCAAGAUCAGCUGUACCAUUGCAAAUCGUUGCCAUGAAGGCGGGAGUUCAUAUAAAAUCGGGGACACUUGGCAGAGGCCUCAUGACAGAGCUGACUACAUGCUGGAGUGCGUGUGUCUUGGGAAUGGCAAGGGAGAGUGGACCUGCAAACCACUGGCCGAGCGAUGCUACGACAGCAGCGUUGCAUCGUCGUACCUCGUGGGGGAGACCUGGGAGAAACCGUACCAAGACUGGAUGAUGCUGGACUGCACCUGUCUGGGAGAGGGAAAUGGCCGCAUCACGUGCACCUCACGGAAUCGUUGCAAUGACCAGGACACCAGGAAGUCGUACCGCAUCGGAGACACAUGGCACAAGAAGGACACAAGCGGGCACAUCCUGCAGUGCCAGUGCUUAGGAAAUGGCCGUGGAGAGUGGAAGUGCGAGAGGCACAACGCAGGCCGAACCACAGGCACUGUUGUGGUGACCCCCACCCACUCUCGGCAGGAGCUCGAGCCCCCCGCCGAGGGGACGUGCCGCACAGAUUCUGGAGCCACCUUCUACGACGGACAGCGCUGGUUCAGGAGCCAGGGCAGCAAGCAGAUGCUCUGCACCUGUCUGGGCAACGGGGUCAGCUGUCAGGAGUCGGAGACCAGGAACCAGGUAUACGGCGGCAACUCUAACGGCCAGCCUUGUGCCUUCCCGUUUGUCUUCAUGGGAAAGACCUACUACUCCUGCACCUCAGAUGGACGCACAGAUGGGCAGCUCUGGUGCUCUACCACUUCAGAGUACGAGAAAGACCAGCAGUACUCUUUCUGUACCGAGAAGAAUGCUAUUGUGGCAACACGAGGUGGGAACUCCAACGGGGCCCUGUGCCACUUCCCCUUCCUCUACAGUGGCCGCAACUACACCGACUGCACCGCCGAUGGCCGCCGUGAUGGCAUGAGGUGGUGCGGUACCACCCACGACUACGACACAGAGCAGCGCUUUGGAUUCUGCCCCAUGGCUGCCCACGAAGAGGUGUGUACCACCAACGAUGGAGCCAUGCACCGUAUAGGCGACAAGUGGGACAAACGCCAUGAUGUCAUGGGUCACAUGAUGGAGUGCACAUGCCUGGGCAACGGCCGUGGGGAGUGGAGCUGUGUCGCUUACUCACAGCUGCGAGAUCAGUGCAUUGUUGAUGGGUUGAAUUACGAAGUAAACCAGGAAUUCUUCAAGCGCCACGAUGAGGGCUACAUGAUGAACUGCACCUGCUAUGGACAGGGACGUGGACGCUGGAAGUGUGACGCUAUUGAUCAGUGUCAGGAGCCACAAACCAGGGCGUUCUACCAGAUUGGAGAGACGUGGGACAAAGCCAUCCAUGGCAUCCACUAUCGCUGUUAUUGCUAUGGCAACGGGAUUGGAGAGAUGAGAUGUGAACCUCAGCAGACCUACCAAGACGGCCACAGACCUGUCCAGGUGAUCAUCACAGAGGCGGGGAAACAGCCAGACUCCCACCCCAUUCAGUGGAACCCGCCUUCGUCUGUCCACAUCACCCAGUACAUCCUUAAAUGGAGAGUUAAAAAUGCCCGCGCACCCUGGAGGGAGGUCAGUGUCCCCGGACACCUCAACUCCUACACCAUCAGUGGUCUGCGUCCCGGCGUCACCUACGAGGGUCAGCUGAUCAGCAUCCUGCGCUACGGACGCCGCGAGGUCACGCGCUUCGAUUUCACCACUACCCAUGGUUCUUUGGAAACAUCGGAGGGAGAGACGACCCAGCCCGCUCCAGUGGUGGACACGUCUGAGUCGGUGACAGAAAUCACCUCAAACAGCUUUGUCGUGUCCUGGACAUCAGCCUCGUCCACCAUCUCCGGCUUCAGGGUGGAGUACGAGCUCAGUGAGAAUGGGGCCAAGCCGAAGGUCCUGGAUAUUCCUCGCACAGCCAACUCUGUCACCAUCACUGACCUCCUGCCCGGACGCAGAUACAACGUCAACGUCUACGAGCUUCCAGAUCAGGGACAGCCAAACCUCAUUCUGACUACCUCCCAGACUACAGCUCCUGACACCCCUGCUCAGCAUGCAGUCGAUGAGGUGGGAGAGACCUCCAUCCGGAUCAGCUGGUCCAGGCCUCAGGCUCCUAUCACUGGUUACCGUGUGGUGUACACGCCGUCAGUGGAAGGCAGCAGCACUGAGCUGACCCUGCCAGACUCUGAGACCUCAGUGAACCUGGUGGACCUUCGCCCUGGUCUUCUUUACAACAUCAGCAUCUACGCUGUGGAGGAGGACCAAGAGAGCGAGCCUGUUUUUGUACAGGUCAACACAGCUGGAUCUCCUCUGCCAGAGGAGGUCCCGGCUCCCACAGACCUGCAGUUCUAUGAGGUCUCAGAUGUAAAGAUCAGCAUCACCUGGACCGGUCCACCCAGCGAGGUGACCGGUUACAGGGUGACUUUCUCCCCUCUUGGUCCUGACGGCACCGAGAUAAGACCCCUGCCGCUGCCCAUCUCACCCAACGCAUAUGCUGAUAUCACUCACUUGCAGCCAGGCACACUGUACCGCUUCUACAUCUACGCCAUCAAUGGUGGAGUGGAGAGUGAGCCGCUUGUAGGAGAAAAGUCUACCAAACCUGACGCGCCCACCGAUGUGCAUUUCACUGACGUCGGCCACGACAGCGCAUUGGUCAUCUGGGAGGCUCCUCGUGCCAUCGUCUCUGGCUACCGUCUCUUCCUGAGCACCGGGGGCUCCAGCCCCAUUGAGAAGAGGAUCCCAGGCAGGGUCACCCAGUACCCGUUGAAGAACUUGCGUCCCGACACGCAGUACACAGCCACACUCCACUCAGAGCUGGACAAUGAGCUCAGCGAAGGCGUCACUACUUUUUUUACCACCAAUCCUCAGAUGGGAAAUGCUCCUCCUUUCAGCACUGAAAUCACUGACACCUCCAUUAUCAUCACCUGGAUACCUGUCCGCAGGUUCAGCUACAAGCUGUCCGUGCUUCCCAGCCAGGAAGGCGAGUCUCCCAGGGAAAAGACCUCGGACACUGGACGUAUUUAUAUCCCCGGUCUGAUUCCUGGAACUCAGUACACCUACAGCGUUCAGCCCAUCUUCAACGGACGCAACCGUGGAAGCCCCAUAACCCGCAACGUUGUCACCUCCCUGUCUCCUCCCACUGACCUCAGAGUGGAGUCCAGCCGGGACACAGGAGAUCUCACUGUCCACUGGGUCGCCUCCAAAACACCAGGCAUCACAGGCUACAGAGUGACGAGCACGCCGACCAGCGGCCAGCGAGGAAACUCCCUGGAAGAGUUUGUCCGAGCUGAUCAAACCUCGUGCCUGCUGGAGAGCCUGAACCCCGGGGCAGAGUACAACAUCAGUGUCUUCUCUACCAAGGGUCAUUUGGAAAGUGUGCCCGUGUCCACUAUUGUCACACCAGAAAUCCCCACACCAAGUCACAUUGACUUUGUCGACAUUACUGACACCACCAUUGGCCUGCGCUGGAUCCCUCUGAACUACACUGCCAUUACUGCUUACCGGAUAACGGUAGUAGCAUCAGGCGAGAGCUUGCCAAUUUUUCAAGAUAUGGUGGAGGCAUCGGCCGGUUAUUACACGAUUCAUGGCUUGGAGCCGGGCGUGGACUAUGACAUCAGUAUCUCCACUGUAACAGAAGAGGGGAAAAGCAAGCCGACCACACACACAAAGCAAACACAAGCGGCCAUUCCAGCUCCCACCAACCUGCAGUUUGGAGGCGUGGGUCCUGACCAUAUUAGGGUGACAUGGACAGUCCCGCAUGUUGCCACGCCAAGCGACAUCUCUCGGUUUGUCAUCCGUUACCACCCUGUAGCUACAGAUGACGACAUCAAGGAGGUUAACGUUGGCGGAGCCACCAACACCUUCCUGCUGCAGAACCUGCUGCCCAACACUGAGUACCGCAUCAGUGUUGUGUGUGUCUACGGUGAACGAGAAAGUAAACCAGCCACAGGGACUCAGAGGACAACUCUGGACUCCCCCACUGGCUUGGACUUCUCUGACAUUCGCACCAACUCCUUCACCGUUCACUGGCUGGCUCCAACUUCUGCCAUCACUGGCUACCGCAUCCGCUACCAGAAGACGAGCGGCGGGCGGGCCAAGGAUGAGAGGCUGCCCCCAACCAGGAACUACUUCACUUUGACUGGACUGACGCCAGAGACGGAGUAUCUGAUAUAUGUGUAUGCUGUCAGCAACAAUCAGGAGAGUCAGCCUCUGACUGGCACUCAGGCCACCAUCUCUGAUGCUCCCACUGACUUGGAGGUGACAUCGUCCACCCCCACCAGCAUCACCAUUCGCUGGGACGCCCCCUCUGUCACAGUGAAGAACUACAGGAUCACUUAUGGAGGAACAAGUGGGGAGUCUCCUCAAGAGUUCACAAUCCCAGGCACCCAGACCACCGCCACCAUCACCGGUCUGAAGCCUGGUACUGACUACACCAUCACGGUCUACGCUGUUACCGGAAGAGGGGACAGCCCUGCCUCCAACACCCCGGUCUACAUCACGCACAAGACUGAUACCGAGCCCCCCACUGACAUGAAACUGACUGAUGUGAGUGACAACGCCAUCACGGUGCGCUGGUCUCCCGCUCAGGGACCAAUCAGAGGCUACAGAAUCACCAGUGUUCCCAAGAAUGGCCUGGGACCCUCCUACUCCGAGGUGGUGGCCCCUGAUCAGACAGAGAUGACGUUUACAGGUCUCAUGCCCACUGUUGAGUAUGUUGUGAGUGUCUAUGCCCUGGGCAAUGAUGGACAACCCUCUUCCCCCGUGGUGGAGAAUGCUAUAACUGCUAUGGACGGGCCCAAAGACUUGACCUUCUCUGACAUCGACUCCACCUCCAUGCGCAUCACAUGGGACAGUCCAGACGGCACUGUGACUUCAUACCGCAUCUUGUACUCCAGCUCAGAGGAGGGCGAGAGGGAGCUGCGUCCAGCACCCAGAGGUGACCAGGACAGUGUGGUGAUCAGAGGCCUUCGCCCCGGGACGGAAUACACCGUUAAAGUCAUUGCCCUGCACGACCGCACACCCAGCACACCGCUGGUGGGAACCCAGGCCACAGUAAUCCCUGCACCGACCAGCCUGUUGAUCUCAGAGGUCGGUCCCUCCACCUUCACUGUGUCAUGGCGAGCCCCCAUUGCGCGCCUGACAGGCUACCGCGUGGUCGUCAACCCCAAGAACAUCAACGGCCCCACCAAAGAGAUGAACGUUGCUCCGGACACCACACGUGUCGUCGUACCAGGGCUCAUGGUGGCAACUACAUAUCAGAUACAUGUCUACGCCCUGAAGAACUCUGUCACCAGCAGACCGCUGGAGGGAGAGACGACCACACUGGAGGACGUAAGUCCUCCUCGGCGUGUGCGUAUCUCUGACGUGAAGGACACCUCUUUCACACUGACCUGGCGCUCCAAGGUGGAAACCAUCACUGGUUACCUCAUUGACGCCGCGCCCGUCGGUGGCUCGCACCCCACCAUCAGCAGGACCAUCCCAGGACAAACAAACACCUACACCCUCACAGGUCUGCAGCCAGGCACCACAUACUCCGUCAGCCUGUACACUCUGAAUGGCAACACAAAGAGCGCACCAUUUACUCUCACGAUUCAAACAGCUGAACCAGUGGUCCAGGCCCCCACCAACCUUCAGUUCACAUCUUUCACCCCCACCUCCAUCUCCUUCACCUGGCAGCCACCAGCCACACACAUCACAGGAUACUACAUCACUUACGAGGAGUCAGGAGGAGCACCACGAGAGCUCAUCCCACGACCCCACGCCGGCCAAAACUAUGCCACCAUAUCUGGCCUGAGACCAGCCACUGAGUACAUCAUCAAGAUCAUCGCCAUCCAGAACACACAAAGGAGCACGCCUCUGGUGGGCAAAAUCAGGACUCAACCAGACUCCUUGCUUCCCCUGCCUCUGCCCCACCGCCCUGGAGGUGUUGGUGACAGGCUGGAUGUGCCUGAAACUGACUUGGACAACAGAGUCCAGGUAGUGGGCAACAAUGGCCAGGAUGGGAACAGUGGUCAGAGCCAGCAUGUGGAGUACACUGAGUACAACAACAAUGGAGACAACCGAUAUAGUGGCAGCCUACAGUCACCCUAUGGGCAAGUUCGUGAGCCCCUGGUCUUUUUGCCCCUUCCCGAUGCAGAGGGCCGCAGACUGCCCAUCCUGAAGCUGAACGUGCCCAUCGGCUCCACUUUGGGUAAUGAGACGGGAGUGCCACAGGAAGCCCAAACUCAGACCUCCAUCUCCUGGAAGCCAUACAGGCAGAGCAACGCCUACCUGGUGUCCUGCCAUCCUCUCACACACGUAAAUGAGAAGAUGUUCCAGGUCAGCCUGCCAGGCACAGCCACCACUGCCACCCUGAUAGGACUCACCCCCGGAGCAAACUAUAAUGUGAUCGUGGAGGCUCUGCUGGGGGCGCUCAAACACAAGAUUCUGGAGCAGGUCGUCACUGCUGGUAACACAAUCCCAGAGGGAGUGCCCUCCACAAAGGACCAAUGUUAUGAUGCCUUUACUGCGACCUACCAUGAUGUUGGUGGUGAAUGGGAGCGGAUGUCUGAGACAGGCUUUAAGCUGUGGUGCAGGUGCCUGGGCCUUGGCAGCGGCCACUUCAGAUGUGAUUCAUCCAAGUGGUGCCAUGACAAUGGCAACAACUAUCGCAUUGGAGAGAAGUGGGACCGACGUGCAGAAAAUGGUCACCUGAUGAGCUGCACUUGCUUGGGAAAUGGCAAAGGAGAGUUCAAGUGUGAACCACAUGAUUCAGUGUGCUACGACGAAGGCAAAGCUUACCAGGUGGGAAACCAGUGGCAGAAAGAGUACCUGGGCGCCAUCUGCACCUGCACAUGCUUUGGAGGACAGCAGGGCUGGCGCUGUGAGAACUGCCGCAGACCGGGUGCUGAUGUCGAUGCCAGUCUGCUGCAGCCUGUUAGAUACGGAGACAACACACUCCGCAAAUUGAAUAUUCAUUGCCCCAUUGAGUGCCUGCGACCCGACCUGCUGGCAGACGCACACGUUCCUCAAAAUCCUCGGGAGUAAAAGGAUCAGUCACCUGACAUCUGCUUUGCUCUCUCACCGUCCAAUUGCUGCACUGUUUCACCCUGUAGAAGCCAUGCUGUCUGCGACCUAACUAACUGCCUUAUCACUUUCUGACGUGUUUAGUUAAAGGUGUUACGUGUAAGGUGCCCUGCUGCCUGAUCAAAGUGAUCCUCUUCUAAAGCCAGUCUUUUCACUGUUGACUAUCAAGUCUCUAAAUUCUUGAUCUAUUGGAAAAUGCCAUUAACAUUUUUUCUUUUUUUUUUUGGUGUUAACAUUCCCUCUACAUAGUUCUGCGAGCUUCACCGGAAGACUUGUCACCAGUCAGAUUUCUAUACUUUAAAUAUUCAGAAACAAAUCAAAGAGCAGAAACUGUCAGACAGUAAGCACUGUGUUAAAGAAUGUCAAUGUAGUCAUUAACAAAUGUUUGUCCAUGAAAAUGUGCUUUUCUUCUCUGUAGGCCUUCUUGUUUCUGAGGGGUCGCACUGUGUGAUCGACACAUUCUGAACUCUGACUUUAUACUAAUUUAUCCCUUUAAUCUCAGCGUGUGAAUGUGUGAACUGGGAUGUGAGAAUUUGAACUGUUCUAUUUUUGUACUUUGUUGUCCGUGCCAAAGUUGUUUCUACCUUUGACAAAAAGAAAUCCCUUAUUUUAAUAAAGCUGGAGAGAUCCUGAAACCUGA